GGAAAGAAACCAAAAGAAACAGGGCGCCUGAGCUCACCGCUCACCGGAGACUCGUCGGCGAGCGUGCGAAAUUCGCGACUUUUAAAAUGGACGACGAGACCGAUCAGGAUACCACGAUCGAGGAUGACUACUACACGUUCCUGAACAUCUCGAGAAACGCUAGUCCUGAGGAUAUCAGCAAUGCUUAUCGCAGACUUAGUAGACUCUACCAUCCAGAUAAGCAUGUGGACCCAACGCUUAAAAAGGAAGCAGAGAUUCUUUUUAAUCGCACAAAGAAAGCGUAUGAAGUGCUGAACGAUCCACAUCAAAGGGCAAUUUAUGACUCGCUGGGUAUCCGUGGAUUGGAGACGGAAGGAUGGGAAAUUGUGCAACGUACAAAAACACCUCAAGAGAUUCGAGAGGAAUACGAGAGGCUGGCGAGGGAGAGAGAGGAGAGACGUCUGCAGCAGCACACUAAUCCCAAAGGCACUGUAACGGUAAACAUCAAUGCCACCGAUCUUUUCAGUAAAUACGAUGAAGAUUACAACGAUGGCAGUGGGCUGUUUUCAUGCAUUGAAGUCAGCGGGAUGUCAUUUGCACAGUCUAUUGAAGCCCCUCUGACCUUGAGGGACACAGUGACUAUGUCCGGCCAGCUCGGGACCCAAAAUGGUACAGGUUCCGGGUCCAUUAAUGUCUCGGCGAAGAGACUGGUAUCUUCAAAGGGUUGGGUUGAAGUAGAGGUUGGGGCUGGCAACGGUCCAACGUUUUCCCUUAAAGCAUUUCGUACAUUAACAAAACGAUUAUUUUGUGACGGAGCAACGAUACUGCAAUUUACGUCGCAUGGCGUGAAAGCUGGCUACGUUGGGACUCUUGCGAUGCAAUUGGAUAAACACACGGUAGGAUACCUUACAUACAGAGCUGGCAUUCAAGACGCCAUGAGCACAAUGAUUGUGAGAGACACGUCGCAAUCGUACACGGCGUUUUCUAUACAUUUCGGACUUCUACAUUCUUUUGUCAGUCUUAACUAUACGUACAAGAUGGAAGAGAAGCAACUUAAGCUUCGUGGUAGUGUUAAAGCUGGAACAUUUGGUGCGUUUCUCGAAUAUGGUGCAGAAAAGAAGGUCUCCAAGCAUAGCUCGGUCUCGGCGGCUGUACGCAUCGGCGUUCCAACUGGCGUCACGUUAAAACUUAGAUUGAGUCGCGCCUCACAGGCGUAUACGUUUCCUAUCCAUUUGUGUGACGAAGUUCUUCCAGCUCCGGUCUUUUAUGCCACUGUGGCGCCCAUAAUCACUUGGACGGUCAUUAAGAAACUCAUAAUCGAUCCCGUCGUGAAAGAACGGACAGAGAGGGAAAAGGAGAAACAGAGAGAAAUAAACAAGUCCCGAAUGUUGGAGAAACAAAGGGAAGCUAAAGCGGCCACUGAACUAAUGAAGGAAACUGUCAGCAGGAUAAGAGCCGAGGAGGAAUCCAAGAAAGGAUUAAUCAUUACUAAAGCAUUGUACGGUCGAUUCGUUUAUCCACAACAAGAUCGAGGUAUCACGGACGAAAGCGGACACAGAGAUGAAAUGAUAGACGUAACGAUUCCUUUGCAAUGUUUAGUCAAAGAUUCUAAACUGAUCCUUCAUAAGGCAUCUAAGAGUCAACUACCUGGAUUUUAUGAUCCAUGUGUGGGAGAAGACAAGCAACUUUUGGUACAGUAUCUCUUUCAUACUCAUACGCAUGAAUGUGUUAUACAGGAUGAUGCACCUCUCAGGAUACCAGUCUCGUCACACAAAGUGAACACUACUUGACAUACAGAUUCAACAACGAAAUCAAAAACCAGUCGUCGCAGUUCCCGUCAAUGAUUGACAUAUUACUUUGGUAUAGAUUUGUUCAUUUUUAGAGGUUUAAUUUUACAUAAAGGG